CCAUGCAAGGCGGAAAACAGUUCACAAUAGACAGCGGAUGGAAGAUAUAAUCGCAUGAUAGUGAGAUAUAUGGCAUGAAAUAUGACAUUACAGCUGAUAAGUGUUUGUAUACAAAACUGUGCGCUGUCAGGUGAAAGACAUUUAAUUGAAUUAAAGAAAAUCCGCGUAAAAUGUUGGUAAAUGAUGAGUAGUAAAGAGGAUCAACAUUUGGGAAAGAGCUACUUCGCUCUCGUAGCUGGUGGUUGUGCAUCCGCGGCCAGUUUUUUCGGAAAAUUGUCCGGUGAAAUUGAUGCCGCGAGCAACUUGAAUAUCUGGAUCGUCCGUGCAACAUGCAUCGGAUUAAUGUUACUGUGCAAUGCAAUGGUUUGGACAUUCUUCGUAAAAGCACUGCAUUCAAAAGGAGGAACUUUGAGAGCAACGGUUAUGAGCGCAGCUACAAAUUAUUUCCUGUCAUAUAUUCUAGGGAUUCUUGUGUUCCAUGAAGAAAUUACAUCACUCAAAGCGUUGGGAAUAUCGUUGAUUUUAGCUGGACUUUUAUUAAUUGUUAAAGAAGAGACUGUUAUUGAAGAUACUAGGAAAAAAGACUAAUAAAAACAGAUAUUUUCAUAAUA